UUUUAUAUGGGCUUUUGUUUUCAGGUACUCCAGGCGUUGGGAAAACCACACUUGGAAAAGAACUUGCAUCACGAGCUGGGAUGACCUAUAUUAACGUGGGUGACAUGGCAAAAGAAGGAGAACUGUAUGAAGGUUUUGAUGAGGAAUAUGAUUGUCCAAUUUUGGAUGAAGACAGGGUAAUUGAUGAAUUAGAAGAUAAAAUGAGUGAGGGUGGAGUUAUUGUUGAUUAUCAUGGCUGUGAUUUUUUCCCUGAACGGUGGUUUCAUAUAGUAUUUGUACUUCGUACAGAAAAUUCAGUUCUGUAUGACAGACUUGAAAGCAGGGGCUACAAAGGGAAGAAGCUGCAAGACAACAUUCAGUGUGAAAUUUUUCAGACACUUUAUGAGGAAGCUAUGUUGUCAUAUAGAGAGGAAAUUGUACAUCAGUUACCCAGCAACACUCCAGAAGACCUGGAGAGAAAUUUGGAUCAGAUUAUGCAAUGGGUUGAGCAAUGGAUGAAGGACAACAAUUGA